AUGAAAAGGCAUGGUAGACGAGAUUAUCACCGAGGAAUACCGGUCGGAUAUCGUCGAUCAACGCCACAACCGUGCCGCUCAAUCCGCAAACGUGGGCGCCAUAAGCUCGAGCCAUACGACAUUUGGCAACCAACUUGUCCGCUGCUGCACUGCUACAUUCGAAAUCCUUGCUGCAACUUUCGUGGCAUUCGUUGAAAUACCUUCCCAUUCCAAACAGAUCUCGUGUUUCACAAGCUCUUUCAAAUUUUUCAACUCGCAAAGCUUCACUGAAUACAUGCCGAGCAACGGAUCGCAACUUGAAUGGUGAUGAGUAACUUGUCCCUUCAGCAAAACACUCUUCGAAAUCUUCUGGGCCCAGCAACUGUGUUAACUCCUCCUUAGUAGCCAUUUCAGGAAGGUUUUCGCACAACGCUAACAUGUCGUCCAACCGCUUCCCAAGCGCUUCCUUCCAUCAGUAUAUCGAAGCCGAUCGCAUCAACCUUCAAUCGUUCCAAUAUGCCUUUCCAUCCUGCAAGCAAAUAAUCGAACCAUUCAGGGCAUGUUGUUCCGUUCCAAUCAGUCGGUAGGCUGAUACUGCAUGAUCUGUAGUCCUCGUCCGUAUUUACAAAACGAAUUUCGGCUCUAUCAUUGAGAGCCGCUAGGAUCUCUGUACCCGUGUCGGUAGCCGUUGCAAUAGUUCCAAAUCCAUGUUCGGCUAUAUGUUCACUCACUAGCAAGGCCGCGUGAUCGAACCUCGCUGGUGCCGACUUGAUCUCGAUUUUCUUCUCAUGGAAACAAUAUUGAAUUCGAAUUUCUCAGAUUCUUUAUUCUUAGCAGCAGCAGCUUCAGGCUUUUCUUUUCCUCCGACGAGGACAAUUGGUCCACCAAACUCUUGAACGGCUCCCCAAGCACUCGGCAUAGCGUUCACAGUUUCCAAGUCAUUUGCUUGUCGAAGGGGAGCUGGAGGAGGACCCUUCAAUGAGGUCACUUGGCUUGUUGCAUCUACUUGCGUAGAUUUCGACUUUGUCUUCGUCUUCGACUUCGACUUUCUACGAGUCUUGACAUUCCUCUUUACAGGCUUUUUCUUACUAGGUUUUUUCUUGUCACCCGGAGCCCUCUCCUCAGGUGGGAACGUUGAUGGAUCGUCGGGAUCGUAUUUGAGUGGAGAAAUCGGCAAUCUUCUACUAG